CGGAUAGUAGCUUUGGAAAACUGCUCCGCCACACAGAAGUUGCCGCCCAAGCUCCUCUCAACAAACAACACACACCGUCAGCCGUUUUUUAGCCGUUUGUUGUGUCGUCCAUCUUCCUCCAACUUCGCUUACUUUUGUUUGUAGUUGUUUGUCGCACACAGCUGACAACAACACCGCAUCAUACUCGCUCACUCACCCACAAACACACACACAUACGCACCCAAACGCAGAGAGCGAAAUAAAAGCAAGAGAGCAAGAGCGAUAGAGAGAGAACAGCUGUGUGAGCUAUUGACUUGCCUUGCCCUCAGUUUGCCGUCAGUUGAGUUGGGUUGAGUUGAGUCGAGUCGAGUCGAGUCGAGUGUUGAGAGUGUUGAGUGCAGUUUGAUUCUUAUUGAGCGGAGGGCCCAACGUCAAUUGCGGCUGAGCUUGUGUCGUUCAGUCAAGCAGCGGCCGCCGCACGCAACACAGCAGCUCCACUCGAAUACGCACGGAGACGGAACGACGCUAGCAGCAGCAUUAGCCAUUACACACACUCACACUCACUUACUUACAUACAGAAAUACCAACACAUCUAUGUAGUACUUUAAUUAAAUUCGCAACAACUACACAAAAACUUUCAAGUGCUGUGCGUAAUUUUAAAGAGCAAAAGAAAAAACAAAAAAAAGGAACACACACAUAGAAAGAGAGAGAGCAAACACGAAGCGGGCGGCAGUUUCGGCUUUUUUUAGAAUGUAUUAAAACAAAUUUAAAUGUUUAACUAGAAUAACAAAUUUAGUUGUUGAUACUUUUUGCAAUUAUUUGUUAAACGAGAGGAGAACACAACAACAUUAAAAGGAGACACAGCGAGAGGAGGAGGACAAAGCUUCAGUCAGAAAAUUGUGUGCCGUAAAAAUCAACAAAAGUAAUAAAACAAAAAAUAAUACAUAAUACAUAAUAAAAACGUGAAAUAAUCAAAUGCAAGCAGAGUAAUAAAUUAAUAAAUAAAACACACUCACAACACACGUACACACAAAAAUCAAAUCAAAUUCUUGUGAUUAAAGUGCAUUUCUAAUACAUAUAUACAUAGUUAUAUACACAAACAUACACACACACACACAGAGCAACACAUAUGCAACUAUCCAUAAAACGCAACGAAAAAUCAACAUCAACCGUAAAGCAAAGCUAAGAAAUAAUCCCAAUCAAAAAACCGCUGCACAAAAACAACCCACAACAAUUUCCAAUUGGAGAAACCGAGUGAGAUAAUUCCAAUUUGAUUUACUGCGCUCUCCGUCCGCGCUAUGAAGAUGGAAGUGCUCUCAGUACAAAAUCAUAUUCAGGGACAAUUUGGUGUCAUUGGUACAACAAAAGUAAAAGACUGGACGAGUCCGCUGACUGCACCAGCACCGUUAACGGCUUCAGCAACGGGCGUCGCAGCUACUGCGCCGCCAACAGCAGCAGUAGCAGCAGCUGCUGCAGCCGAGGUGAACGUGGCUGACGUGGAUAUUGGUGACGUUGAUGUUGUGGAUGGACAUCCAGCAUCGGUGCUGCACAUGCGUCAGCAUCAACAUUACGCGCUCAAUCCGACGCGACCUCGCCUCUCUUCUUCGGCAUCAACAUCCUCGACAACAUCCUCAGGAGCAGCGGUAUCGACGGCCAAGCCUCCAGCAUCGCCACUGGCCUUUGAUGGGGUCAGCAGCGCUGCCGCCUAUAUGUCGAAUGUAUUGCAGGCAGCACCGCCGGCGCCGCCACCCACGCUGCCCGCCUCCCCAAUGCAGUCGACGGCGGCGUCGCGCUUCGGCGCCAUUGACAAUCUGGACGAUGUAAAUCCAGGCGCUGUGCAGGAGCUUUCGCAGCGACUGCAGACAAAACUGCGCGAUGCAAAGAGUCGCCAUCUCGCUUGCACCGAGGUGACGCUGCCUAACGAUCUCACCCAACGCAUUGCAGCCGAAAUAAUACGCAUGUCGGAGCGGGAGCCGUGCGGAGAGCGAGCUUGCACUAUUUUCAUUGAGUUUGAGAGCGAGCCAGACAACGCUAGGCGCAUUGCUUCGUUCAAGGUUGAUCCGGACACUGUGUCCAUAUUCGAGCUUUAUUUGACGCUGAAGCAGGACAAAAGCGGCUGGACCUCGCUACUGCCUCAGUUUCUCAAAAAUCUUACACGCAGCAAUACGAUUAUGAUCAGUCCCGAUUUCACCUUGACCAAAAAUAAACUUUACUCGUCCGAGUAAAAAUACAACAGCUAACAAACGAACAUAUGAGGCAUGCAGAUGGAAGGCGUGGACGUGGGGGCGUGUGAGCGCUGCUUCAACUCAUUACACAAUCCCUCCGAAUAAGAAAAAAUGAUGAUUAAGAAGAACACUCAAAGAAGAAGCAUAAAGAUGAAGAGCAGCUGUAAACUUUUGGUGAGCUUUCACGUCGGCGUCUGCUACAAAUUCAUACAAAAUAAAACAAAAACAAACCCAUAAAGAGGCAAACUUUGGACCACAAUUCAACUACUCCAGCAAAAAAAAAAAAAAAAAACAAAUAACAAAACAAAACAACAAAAGCAACAA